AAUCCGCUGACUAAUCCCUUCUUACCCCGGAACAUCAAAACCCCGAUCCCUUGACAUCAUCCUCAACUCACCCUCGAAAGCUCACGCCCAUCACAAAAUUUCCUCAGCCAUGGCAAAGGCAGAGCUUGGAUUGAAGAUUGGCUUCUACGCCUAUCCCAUCGUCCUCUUCGUCACGCUCCUUGGCGUUCAGUCCGCUCAGUUCUACACAAGUCGCCAUGGCACGACGACGCGUAAAGUCGCGUUGGACAAUGACUUGAAACAACAUGUUGACAAGAUUCGAAAAUUUUACGCGAGGUGUAUUUGGGUUCUUCAGGUCAUACUCUCGGGAUUGUUGAUUGCGAGUGUUGGGUAUGCUACGAGGGAGGUUUUUGCGGAUCAGGAUGAUGUGAAGGGCAGUGUUGUCUUUUCGUUUAGUGCAUAUCUCGCGUCCUUUGUUGGUGUUUUAUUAUACUACGUCGCCGGUCUUCUCCCAGACCCUGAAGGACCGUGGAAUCCGAACGCCGCUCACCUUUCAGCAUGGUGCGUCGGUGCUCUUGCAGAGAUUGUCAUCGCAGCAGCUCUUUCAGCCGUUGAGCCGAAACUUCGAGUAUCACCUGGCUUUGUCGACACUCUCAACAUCCUUGGAGCUGCCAGGGUUUUUGUGUUGGCUUUGAUGAUCGGAGCGUUGAGUUUGAGGGAGUAUAAGACUAAGUCUCUUGAGCCGAAGUCUUUGCCGGAGGAGAGACAGGGACUUCUUGAGAAUGGGAAUGGGGCGGCGGAGGGGUAUGGAAGUGUUCAACCUACGGCUGCUGAGCCGAGAAGGACGCAGGUUUCUGGAACUGGAUGGUUGGAUUACUUUGCUGGAUUCCGAGUCUUGUUCCCCUACCUCUGGCCAAAGGGUUCACCCGUCUACCAAGCCAUCGUACUAAUCUGCAUCAUCCUCCUCAUCUGCCAACGCACCGUCAACGUCCUAGCUCCCCUCCAACUCGGCAAUCUCGUCGACAGCCUCGGCGAAGGCAAACUUCCCUAUCGAGAAAUCAUCCUCUACGUCGUAUACCGCGCCCUCCAAGGCAACCAAGGCGUUCUCGGCGCCGCCCGAUCCCUCCUCUGGCUCCCCGUAUCCCAAUCGCUCUUCCGCCGUCUCUCCUCCGCUGCUUUCGAACACGUCCUCGGUUUAUCCCUCGAAUUCCACCUCAACAAAAAAGUCGGCGAAGUCACCAGCGCCUUGAGCCGUGGUGCUUCAAUCAACACCUUUCUUGAAAGUUUCUGCUUCCAGGUUUUUCCCAUGGUGUUUGACAUUUUCGUCGCUGGUGUGAUCUUUUUCGUGAAAUACGAUGCUUUUUACACCAUUAUUGUGUUCUUUAUAAUGUGGUCUUACAUCUUUUUAACGAUCUACGUCGCCAAGUAUCGGGGAAAACAACGAAGGGACAUGACCAUCAAGACCCGCGAGAUGGAAGCUGUCAAGACGGAUGCUAUAGUCGCUUAUGAAACUGUUCAGCACAAUUGUGCUGUUGCGCGUGAGACGGCACGGUUCAGAGAGCAUGUUACUGUUUUUCAGCGGGCGGAGAGAUUGGUGCAGUGGUCCUUGAACGGGCUGAAUCUCACGCAGAGUUCGAUUUUCACGUUGGGAACGGCGUUGCUUGUUUCGGUGUCGGCGUAUAAGAUUUCGAUUGGGGAGCAGACUGUUGGUGAGUUUGUGAGUUUGAUCAAUUACUUUGUUCAGCUUCAGGGUCCUUUGAACUUUUUUGGGACAUAUUAUACUAUGCUUCAGAAUAACCUUAUUGAAGCUGAACGGCUGCUUGAUAUCUUCAAAGAAACACCUGGCGUGGUUGAGAAACCCGAUGCUAUCCAGUUGCCCUCACCCAAGGGUGAAGUCUCCUUCAACGAUGUCAAGUUCGCAUAUCACAUUAAGAAAGGCGAUCCUGUUCUCGACGGCAUCAACUUCACAGUCGCUCCAGGCACAAAGACUGCGAUUGUUGGAGAAUCAGGUAGUGGAAAGUCGACCUCUCUCAAACUCCUCUUCCGCUUUUACGACGUCACGGAUGGCUCCAUCACCAUUGACGGUCACGACCUUCGAGAUCUCAAGCUCGAGAGCCUGCGCAGCAACAUCGGAGUCGUUCCCCAGGACACGGUUCUGUUCAAUGCGACGAUCAUGUACAAUCUUCUUUACGCGAGACCGGAUGCGACAGAGGCAGAUGUUUAUGAAGCAUGCAAGGCAGCGAAUAUUCAUGAGCGUAUUCUUAACUUUCCGGACGGGUAUGAGACGAAGGUUGGAGAGCGAGGAUUGAAGUUGUCGGGAGGUGAACGUCAAAGAAUUGCCAUCGCACGCGCCAUUCUCAAAGACGCUCGUAUCCUCCUCCUCGACGAAGCCACCGCCUCUCUCGACUCACACACAGAGCGUCAGAUCCAAGAUGCCCUCGAGCGCGUCACCGAAGGUCGCACAACAAUCACCAUCGCUCACCGCCUCUCCACCAUCACGACAUCAGACCAGAUCAUCGUACUUCACAAGGGCAAGAUUGUCGAGCGCGGAACACAUAACGAACUACUAGCUCAAGGUGGUCGAUACCACGCUAUGUGGGAGAAACAAACGACUAUUGAGAAGAAGGAGAAGGAGAAGAAGGAGUUGGAGGGUGAGGCGUCGGAGACUGGGUCUCAGUAAGAUGAUGUGUAGGAUAUGUAAUUUAGAAGGUUGGGAAAGUCAUUGCAGCGAUUGGCUGUCGAACUGUAAGUUAGAGAGCGUGGCGUGUAAGAAAAGUCAUUGUUUAUUUGUUGGAUCUCGUAUCGUGCUUUGCAUGAACCGUCCAUCUUGAAUUGAGAGGCUGGCGUCGCGUCUUACAACACCAAAAUUGUGCUACAAUA